AUGAAGAUAAUCAUCUGUUUUUGCAUUUGGGCAGCAGCAUGGGCCAUUCCGGUUCCUCAAAUCAAGUCAUUGGAGAGACAUGCUGUUGGCCAAUCUGUGAAUUUAAGUCUUCCAGCAAAAUUAAAAGUGCCAGUACAGGAUGAGUUAUAUGCUAAUGAUACCACCAAAGAAAGUGGUAUCCCUAUGCAUGAAAAUGAAACGGGAAGGCAACAGUAUACCAAAGAUGGUUACAGAGUAGAAGGAAAUGGCCCUGAGUGGGCAGGAGUAGGAGGGGAAAGUUCUUCUACACAUUCCAUGUCAGUAAAUGAAGAGGGGAAUCCCGAGGAUGUGAAUGGGGGCACAGAAAAGCCAGAAACAUAUGGUCAUGAUGGAAUACAUGGUAUUAGGGGACAAGUAAGCACUAUUGACAUGACUGGCGCAGCAAAUGGGAGCAAUAUUAAUGGAAAUACUGAUGAGAAUUUUAAAAAUGGGGAUGUUGGAGAUGCAAGUCAGAGUGAGAAUGCCACUGUGGUUGACGAAGAUGAGCAUCAAGUAUCUGGAAGCAGUAAUAGUACAGGCCGUGAGGAUGACAUAAAUGGGAAUUCCUGUACGAAUGAGGGUGACACAAGUGCAGUAACACCUCAGAAAGAAGGUGAGAGAAAUGGUCAUGAGGGGGCAGAGGUAACACCAGGGGGAAGCGGAGCUGGCCAUAGAGAAGAUGCUGGCCUCGAUAAUUCUGAUGGGAGUCCUAGUGGGGAUGGAACAGAUGAGGGUGAAGACAAGGGCUCUGGUGAUAAUGAAGGUGAAGAAACGGGAAAUGGAAAAGAUGGCACUGACAAAAGCCAGGGCCAGGAGGGCCAGGGUCAGGGAAAAGAAGGCGGCAAUGAUAAUAGCUUAGGUAAAAAUUCAAUUAGCAGUGAAAAUGAUGACCCUGAGGACAAAGAAGAUCCCCACGACACCGAUGGAGACAAUGACUCCGAGAGUGAGGAGGAUUCCGAUCGGAUCCUAGAAGAAAAUGAUAGCCCAAGAAUGGAAGACAUCCAGAACACCAAUCACAGAGAAAACCAUGGUGUGGAUAAUAGAAUUACCAAAGAAUCAGAGCCAAGUACGAAUGGGAAGAGCCAAGAUAAGGGAAUAGAAAUUGGAGGUCCCAGCAGUGGCAAUAGAAACAAUCUUACCAAAGAAGCUGGGAAAGUCAUUGGCGAUAAAGAGAGUAAAGGACAACAUGGAGUGAUUGUGGGCAACGGAAAUGUCCAGACACAAGGGGAGAUUGACAACAUGCAAGAACCUGGCCAGAAGUCAGAACCUGGAAAUAAGGUUGAACACGGCCAAACAGGUAGUGAGAGUAACAGUGAUGGUUAUGAUAGUUAUGAGUUUGACGAUGAAUCCAUGCAAGGAGAUGAUCCCAACAGCAGCCAUGAGUCUAAUGGCAAUGAUGAUGCCAAUUCUGAAGGUGACAAUGACAGCAGUAGCCGAGGAGAUGCAUCUUAUAACUCAGAUGAAUCAAAAGAUAAUGACAACGACAGUGAUUCAAAAGGAGAAGGAGAUGAGGACAGUGACAACACAUCAGAUGCUAGUGAUAGUGACAGUAACGGCAAUGGUAACAACGGGAGUGAUGAUAGUGAAUCAGACAGCAGCAAAGAUAAAUCAGACAGCAGUGACAGCAGUGACAGUAGUGACAGCAGCGAUAGUAGUAACAGCAGUGAUAGUAGUGACAGCAGUGACAGCAAAUCAGAUAGCAGUGAUAGCAGUGACAGCAGUGACAGCAGUGACAGCAGUGACAGCAGUGAUAGCAGUGACAGCAGUAACAGCAAAUCAGACAGCAGUGACAGUAGUGACAGCAGCGAUAGUAGUGACAGCAGCGAUAGUAGUGACAGCAGUGACAGCAAAUCAGACAGCAGUGAUAGCAGUGACAGCAGUGACAGCAGUGAUAGUAGUGACAGUAAAUCAGAUAGCAGUAACAGUAGUGACAGCAGUGACAAUAGUGACAGCAGUGACAGCAGCGAUAGUAGUGACAGCAGUGACAGCAGUGACAGCAGUGAUAGUAGUAACAGCAGCAAUAGUAGUGACAGCAGUGACAGUAGUGACAGCAGUGACAGCAAUGAAAGCAGCGACAGUGCAUCUGACAGUAGUGAUGAGAGUGACAGCAAGAGCAAGUCUCCUAAUGGCAACAACAAUGAAAGUGAUAGUGACAGUGACAGUGACAGUGAAGGCAGUGACAGUAAUCACUCAACCAGUGAUGAUUAG